AUGUCGGCUGCGUCGCCCCCGACAACCUUGCAAGAAGUAAAUCUGAAAGAGGAUAAAGAAAAGGGGGUGGAUACUCCGCCAGUCACGUCCUCCAGUCCACCACAUGAUCUCCCCAAACAAAGCAGCGAACCAUGGACAUUACGGCGAGUUGGUCGGGCCGUGAGGGGAAUAUUUCCAUGGGGGUUUAAACAGGAGUUGAAAGAACUUUUCAUUCUCGCAUGGCCAGUGGUCCUCAGCCAGUUUUUCUCCUAUUCCAUCAUCUUCGUCAGUUUGAUUUUCUCUGGACGAGUAUUGGGUAAAGCUCAGUUGGAUGGAGUGGCCAUCGGUGUAACAUUCAUCAACCUCACUGGUGUGUCCGUGGGUUUUGGAUUAACGUUUGCUUUGGAUACAUUGCUCUCCCAGACAUUUGGUGGCGCAAACAAGAAACGUGUUGGUAUAAUAAUUCAAAGAGGUACAAUCAUUGUUAUGCUGUUCUGUCUGCCAUGCUGGGCACUCUACCUCAACACAGAGACGAUCAUGAAGGCCAUCAAACUCCCACCUGAUGUAGCCAACCUUGCAGGUAUAUACGUCAUAAUUUUUAUUCCGGGUCUGCCUGGAUUGGUUUUGCUCCAAAUCAUAAACAAGUACAUGCAGAAUCAGAAUUUGGUAAUGCCUCCUUUGUGGAUAGGGGCCAUCAUGAAUGUAAUAAACGUAGCCCUUCAUGCCAUAUUCCUGUUUGGUUUCAAGUGGAACGUGGCUGGGGCAUCUGUGGCAUGUGGGGCGUCGUUCUGGAUUGGCUGCAUCAUAUCUGUAUGCUAUAUGAAGAUCAGAAGGAUACACGAAGAAACAUGGGGAGGCUGGUCCAUGGAAUGCCUCCAAGAGUGGGGUCUUUUCACAAAAUUAGCUGUUCCUGGUCUGAUCAUGAUGGGGAUAGAGUUCUGGAACUAUGAAUUGGGAACGUUGUUAUCUGGUUUAUUGGGUAAAGACGAUUUAGCAGCACAGACCGUAUGCUAUACCAUGGCCACGAUAGCAUUUAUGACUCCAGUUGGUCUUGGUGUGGCUGGCAGUAUACGCAUAGGGCAAUACCUAGGGGCUAAUCAGCCAAGAGACGCACAUCUCGCUUCCAGAGUCUGCAUGCUUUUAGCAUUAUGCAUCGCUGGUUUCACUUCCUUGCUUGUCGUUAUUUUCAACUAUUAUAUCCCACAGAUAUUUACACCUGACAAGAAGGUGAUAGGGAUGGCAUCUGGUUAUCUCCUCAUUCUCUCCAUAUCUUGCUUCUUUGACGGCUGUCAGGGUGUUUUAUCUGGAAUCCUCAGGGGCUGUGGCUUGCAGAAAAUUGGAGCUAUCGUCAACUUUGUUGGUUUCUUCUGCAUUGGUUUCCCCAUUGGACUUCCGCUGAUGUUAAGGACACAGAUGCGGGUUGCAGGUUACUGGUGGGGAAACUGUGUUGCAACAUUUGUGCAGGCUGUGUGCUUUACUAUCAUUAUUAUUAGACUGGAUUGGAAUAAAUUCGCAGAAAAGGCCCAAGUACGAGCAGGCAUUAAGAAGAAAGGAGACAAGUCAGCUGAAGAUGUACAGCCAACUGCUGAAGAUGAAAAGGCUGCAGAAGCUAAUUUGGAAGCAAAAUCGAAUGGCGUAGCUGAGGGUGAUAAAACUACGUUUGAAAUGGACGUUGAGCAACCACCGAUGGAGCUAACCUCAGUUGAGAAGCAUCUCCCACUGAAACAGCUUAUCAUCAAUCGAUCUAUUGCUGUCCUUGUAUGCGUCGGAUUCCUUGUGAUUGGCAUCAUUCUCUCUAUCACAGUGAAGAUCCCGGAUCCACCCCCUAAAUGCCUCAUCACUGAACUGCAGUGUCUCUCCUGUACUGUCUGGCCAAAACCACCCGAAGUUACAGGCACCCAUUGUAGCAAUUGUUACGUCACUAAGCUACCACCAACUGAGGAACCAGUUGAAGGAAAGAGAAAACGGAGGAAUAUUGGAGAAAUGUUCCAUAAGAAUGUCAACAAAAUGGUCAAAAAUUUAUUUUUCCCUGAAGAAAUUACGUAUGACGAAAAUUAUGAACCAAUAACUUUUGACGAAGAAAAUGGCUUUAAAGGCAUCCCGAAUACAUUUUGCUAUGAGUGUGAGAAAUCGGGUGGCAAUUCGGAUGUAACACUAGAUUGUAACAACUGUACAUCCAUCGCGUACGGACCUCUGUCAAGUUGCAAUGUUAAUUAUGGCAACGAGGCUUGUUCCCAAAGAUUACAACUGUUCUGUAUGAGUCCAGAGGGCGCUCGAGGAGGACGUUUUGGAAAGAAAUAA